GACAAGGAAGAACUUUUAGCAAAAAAUCCUCGACGUGUGAAAUAUGCAACAUGAUUUUCCCAUUUAUAACAUUUAUAGAGCAUGCAGUUAUUAUGAAACAUUGCUACAAUUUUAAGAUAAACUUACUAGGAAAACGCCAGUUUCCAAAGACACAUAUAAUCGUCUUCAUCACGAUAAUUCUCUCGAAGAUGAAACGCAAAUAAAUUUUACAGAGAAAGAAAAGAAGAAAGAUG